AUGGUGAUUUCUCGAGUGCGAUUUUCACUGCUGAGCAUUUCAUUGGUGUGAGUGUUGAAACGGACGGGUGCACAAAAGAAGCUGAGAAGCAGAGAAUACCUGAAAGCGCUGCGGUGUGUUCAGGAUGAGAGAAGGUGCAGAACCGGUCGAAUCACAUCCAUUCAGUUUGAGUUUGGCUCUUGUGCGGUAAAGACCUAAAUUGGAGUUGGACUUUUUUUUUAUUGCCCUCAAGACUUUUCCCAGUGUUUGGAGAAAGAUCAACAAAACGAGUUUGAUUGUUGAACAGAAGAAACGAGUUUCACGAAGACACGCUGUGAAUGGAAUGCAAUUAGUGGAAGAAUCGAAAUAAAGGAAGUCAUUCAAGUGUUUGACGAGAUUUGGACAAUCAUCGAAUAAAUGUGAGCUUUUGAUUAGUGAAUAGUGAAACAGAUUUAUCAGAAGAGACUUACCCAGUGCUUUGAUUUACGAGACGUUGAAGUGAUACCAGAGAUUACCAAGAUGAUUAACCACUCCAUGGCCAGUUUAAGCCACCCACAUUACGGGUUUUCGCUGGGCAACCAUCAGAUGGAUAUGCCGCCGGCAGCUGAUUAUGCUCCUCAGCCGAAUCAUAGUCCAGGAAGCGUGGAUGUGAAACCCCGACUAAGUUUCCCACCUACAUCGUUAGCUGGAUUCCAAACUCACACUCCUACUCAGUCCGGAUCGCAUCAAACCUCACCGGGUCAGGAUGGACACAUCAAGCGACCCAUGAACGCCUUCAUGGUUUGGUCUCGUCUACAGCGUCGUCAGAUCGCCAAGGACAAUCCUAAGAUGCACAAUUCGGAGAUUUCCAAACGUUUGGGAUCAGAAUGGAAACUGCUUACCGAGGCUCAGAAACGUCCGUUCAUCGACGAAGCUAAACGUCUUCGGGCCAGUCACAUGAAGGAACACCCAGACUACAAGUACCGUCCCCGACGUAAGCCCAAGAACCCGUUGGCCAAUGCCGCCGGUGGACUGUCCCUCGGAAUGCAACAGUCAGCUAAGAAUGCCUUAGGAUCAUCAUACCCAUUCCCACAACUUCCGCCGUACUUUGCGCCGACCCAUCAUCUCCAACAACUAGAACAACAUUAUCCAGUUCCCUACUUCGGAGGCUUUGACCCGCUGACCCUGUCCAAACUGCACCAAUCGCAACAGAACAUGCAAAGCACCUCCCCGACGGGUCUGGAAGCUCAGAAGACUCAACAGAUGCCUCCGACCUCACUCAGCUCGUUCUACUCCAACAUCUACAGCGGUAUCUCGGCAGCAGCGGCAGCUGCACCUCUCUACGCAGCACAUUCCAACGGUCUGUACAACUCAUCGACGUCAUCCGCAUCGCCCGGAUCCAGCCCCAGUACCUCACAGCAGUCAACAGUCCUGCCCAGUGAUAUCGAAAACUCGAUGCGACGGCCCGUACAGGUCAUCUACUAAACGGCCGUUAGUGAUCUCGUACGGAUCUCAUCGUAAGCAGCAUCAGUAUUCUCCGUAGCUCAGUUUACCGGUGGGCUCGUGGCGAAGCGCUCCAUGCCCUUGUGUAUGUAUAUAUUAAAUGAUUAAAAAACGAUCGGAGGGGAACUUCGCCCGGCCUUCAUGUUAUUUUAAUUUAUUUAUGUGAAUUGAUAACUCCACUGAAAAGAAACAAAAGGAACGACAUCCCUCUCAUAGUAGGAACUUUUAUGUUGUAAAACAAUUAGGAGACGAAAUCAUCGUGUACAUAGCGUAGAAACUUAUCGAUGUGGAAAAUGUGAACGAUCUAGAUUUAUGUUACUCCCUGAAACGGAAUGAAGCAUUCGGAAGGUUUUGUUUUAGUUCGACUCAUUUUUAUAAUUAUUUCGAGAAUCGUGACAGAAAAUGAACAUCGGAUACACAUUUUAUAACAACAUCAUGUAACUAGGGAAGAUGAACUGAAUAAAAGUCUCCAAUCAGGGGAAACGCGCAAACAUUCAGCUGGUCAGGAGAUUUGAAGGAACUGGAUCUUAGGUAUCGAAUAGUGUAACAAGCGCUGAAAAACCUUAACUUUAAUUGUUAUUUUCUCAUAGAUGGUAAGGAUGAUGGUAAGACAGUGCGAUAGAUUGGUGAAGAAAAAUUGUAACUGAAAAAUAAAUAAUUUUUUGAUGAUUAAAAAUUA